UGUUACGAUUAUGGUGGAUGAGGUAAUUUCUUGUACAUAGGUAGUUGUAGAUGCUUGUAAACGUCCUAAAUGUUUUUGCACAAAAAUGCACUGUUCCGCAAAGUUUUCGGAUCUGUACCUUACUUGGGAUCUAUCAAUCUUAGUAGCGCCAUACGUUUUAGAGGAUUUCUAUUAGAGAUGUUUGAGGCAUGAUUAAGUAACAUUUGUGUCACAAAUAACAAUGCUUCCAAACUAAGGAAAGUCAUGCUAAACUGCCAGGCUACGCCGAGACAGAAAUUGUCUUUAAUGUAGCAUACUUCAUUGCCCAAACUAUCAAUAAAGGCGAACAAAAGGAAAAAUGCAUUGAAAAACAAUGAGAAAACGCUCCAAAAUGUCUUCUUUUUCUCCUGUCCGGGAAACAAUGCGGAUUUUCUCCUUUAUGUCGCUCUGUGUUUUAAAUGUCGCUGAAUUGUCUACUUUUCGCCCAAAUAGACGCAAGACUCGUGAAUCCUGCUCUCUUGACCACACUGCGUGACUGAACUUUUAAUAUUCGCUGACUUAUUUCAACGAGUAGCUUAUUACAACAGACGUACAGGUUUUCAAGGCCGCCAGUGAUGAAACUGAAGGAAAGGUCGCUGAAAGGAUUUGGAGCUCUGAGGAAAAAUCCUGAUUCCGAUGAUUAUGAGUCCUUACCCAGUACUAGUCCACUGCCACAACACAUGUUUGCAGGUGCAUGUGCAGGUAUAAUGGAACAUAUUGUCAUGUAUCCUGUCGACUGUGUUAAAACUCGAAUGCAGUGUCUAAGGCCUGUUGGUAGUUCUAAUUACCCAGGUUUACUAACUGGUCUGUAUCGUCUAAUCCUUCAGGAAGGAGUAUCAGGGUCGCUAAAAGGUAGUGGUGCAGUGAUCUGGGGUGCUGGUCCGGCACAUGCCGCUUACUUUGGAUGCUAUGAAAAAAUGAAGUCAACCUUAGCUAUAGCCCCCAUAGGAUCGACCCAUAUAAAUCACAUGAUAGCUGGGACUUGUGCAACUUUACUACACGAUGCUAUUAUGACUCCUGCAGAUGCUGUAAAGCAACGUCUGCAACUUUACAAUAGUCCUUACCACAACACUUUUGAUUGUCUCCGUCGAGUGUGUUUAACAGAAGGACUCGGUGUAUUGUACAGAGCUUAUUUUACACAGUUAUCCAUGAAUAUACCUUAUCAGACAAUUCAUUUUGUUUGUUAUGAGCAUGCUCAGAGUUUAAUAAAUCCAAAUCGUCAGUAUCUACCAUGGACUCAUGUUGUAUCCGGAGGUAUAGCUGGUUGUUUUGCUGCUGCUUUCACAAACCCGUUAGAUGUUUGUAAAACUCUACUAAAUACACAGGAUCGGUGUGUUCAAAAAAAUAUAUGUUUUGGUCACUUCACACAGUCAUCUAAACCUGAAUUCCGAGGGUUGUUUGGCACAGCGAUAUAUGUAUACCAAAUGACUGGUUUAAGAGGAUUCACUAGAGGUAUAAGUGCUCGAAUCCUAACAGCUGUUCCCGGCACUGCUUUAUCCUGGUCAGUUUAUGAAUAUUUCAAAUGGCGGUUAAAAGCACCAACAAAACCUUUAGGAUCUGAUUUUGGCGAGACUAGUGGUGGUAACAGUGUUCAUAAUAUUGAAAUUUUACCCAUGGAAAAAUUGUGUGUAACUGCCAGUUCCAAAUGGAUUCCUGAUUCCACUGGUUUGACAUACACAACAACAGUUAAUACUACAAAUGGACGAUCAAAUGUACAGGAGAAUACUAGAUAA